AGAACAUACUUGGUUGGGUGUUGUCCGUCCGGCUUGGCGAGCAAAGUGACAUGACAACACGCUCGUAAUGAUCAAACAAUUCUAUUCGGUUUUAUUAUAACUGAAAACGUUUUUAUAUAUAGUUCUGCCAUAAAAUUAAAAUGAAAUUAUGAUGAGUAAUUUGUAUUAUUUAUUUGUGUUGGUUUGUUGUGGCAUAACAAAAUCCAGUGCAGAUUAUGCUCGCUAUUAUUAUGACUAUGAGUGCAAUGAGCCACUUCUAGCAAAUGCUCAAUUGACAGCUACUUCCAGUUUAAGAGAAAGAGGUCCAGAUAAUGCAAAGCUGCAUGGUACGAACGCGUGGACGGCGUCGGAGAGCGAUUUCGACCAACACCUGGUGAUAGACCUGGGCGUCGUUAAGAACGUGACCAGGAUAUCCACCCAAGGACGCGCGCAUUCUCAGGAGUAUGUCCAAGAGUACCGUGUGGACUACAGCACUAAUGGGUUGGACUACGCGCAAUAUAAAGCGGCGGGUGGGGAGAUUAAGAUGUUCCAAGGCAACCACGACGGGAACACGGUCCAUAAAAACGAAUUUGAAGUGCCUAUCAUAGCGCAGUACAUCCGGAUAAAUCCUAUGAGGUGGCGCGACAAAAUCUCCAUGAGACUUGAGCUGUACGGCUGUGAUUAUGUCGCCGACACCCUGUACUUCAACGGCACGUCCCUGGUCAAGAUGGACCUUCUGCGGGAUCCAAUCUCUGCGUCCAGGGAAGUCAUCAGGUUUCGCUUCAAGACCAGCACGGCCUCAGGAGUGCUCCUAUACUCGAGAGGAACUCAGGGUGACUACAUCGCGCUGCAACUGAGGGACAAUAGAUUGGUGCUCAACGUUGAUCUAGGUUCAGGCACAGCUACUUCGCUUUCAGUCGGCAGUCUUCUAGACGACAACAUCUGGCACGACGUGGUGGUGUCCCGGAACCGGCGAGACAUACUGUUCUCAGUGGAUCGCGUGCUGGUACAGGACCGCAUCAAGGGCGAGUUCUCUAGGCUCAAUCUAAACCGAGCGGUAUACAUCGGCGGUGUUCCCAACUUCCAAGAGGGUCUUGUGGUCAAUCAGAAUUUCACCGGGUGCGUGGAGAAUCUCUACCUGAACGCCACCAACGUGAUACAGGACCUCAAAGCGGGUUAUGACUCCGGGGAGCCGUUCAAGUUUGAGAAGGUCAACACGCUGUACUCUUGUCCUGAACCGCCCAUAGUCCCUGUGACGUUCCUGAAGGAGGCCUCGUACGCGAAACUCCACGGCUACUCGGGCAGGAACUCGCUCAACAUAUCACUACAGUUCCGCACGUACGAGCACCACGGCCUGCUCAUCUACCACCACUUCCACAGCGACGGGGACGUCACGGUAUUCUUGGAAGAGGGCAAAAUCAAAGUGGAACUAGAAAUGGCGGGAAGUCAACGAGUGAAACUGGACAAUUACGCCGAAGAGUUCAACGACGGAAGGUGGCAUUCCCUCAUGCUGACCAUGGGAGUGGACCAUCUCGUGUUGUCCGUGGACUACAGACCAGUCAGAACGACGAAGAAGAUGAACUUCCUCAGUGGAAGCACUUAUUAUAUCGCUGGUGGCAAGCCACCAGUACGCGGUUUCAUCGGCUGUAUGCGCAAGAUUGCUUUGGAUGGUAACUACAGAAUGCCCACUGAUUGGAAGAAGGAAGACUAUUGCUGUCCAAACGAUGUGGUCUUCGACGCUUGUCAGAUGAUCGACAGAUGUAACCCGAACCCGUGCGAGCACGGCGGCGCGUGCACGCAGUCGGCGGAGGAGUUCUCGUGCGACUGCCGCAGCACGGGCUACGCCGGCGCCGUCUGCCACACCGCUGUACACCCGCUGUCGUGCACGGCGUACAAGAACGUGCAGGCGGUGUCGCGCUCGGCGGACAUCCACAUCGACGUGGACGGCUCGGGGCCUCUACCGCCUUUCCCCGUCACCUGCCACUUCUACACGGACGGUCGCAUUCUGACUGCAGUACACCACACGGCUGGUAGCGGCUCCAUUGUGGACGGUUAUCAGGAACCGGGCUCAUUCCGACAGGACGUAGAAUAUGACGCCAACAGAUCCCAGCUGGAAGCCUUGCUGAACCGCUCCCACAGCUGCCAGCAGCGGCUGGAGUACAUGUGCCGGCAUUCCAGACUGCUCAACUCGCCCAGUGAGGAGGCGUCGUUCCGUCCGUUCGCGUGGUGGGUGUCGCGCGCGGGCAAGAGCAUGGACUACUGGGCGGGCGCGCCGCCCGGCAGCCGCAUGUGCCAGUGCGGCGUGCUGGGCAAUUGUGUGGACCCCACCAAGUGGUGCAACUGCGAUGCCGAGUACCCCAAGCUGAGGCCUGAAGAAUUUCAAACUGACGGAGGCGAUAUCACUGAGAAGGAAUUCUUACCAGUUAAACAGCUGAGAUUCGGUGACACCGGCAGCCAUCUUGACGAGAAAGAGGGACGGUAUUCAUUGGGGCCGCUGCUGUGUGAGGGAGAUGAUCUGUUCAGCAACACGGUAACGUUCCGUAUUACGGACGCCAUCAUAACCCUGCCCGCCUUCGACCUCGGCCACAGUGGCGACAUCUAUUUCGAGUUUAAGACAACUAAAGAGAAUGCUGUUUUACUGCAUGCUAAGGGUCCCCAAGACUACAUUAAGCUGUCAAUUAUCGGCGGAGACCAACUCCAGUUCCAGUUCCAGGUCGGAGACACCCCCCUGGGUGUGUCUGUGGAGACCAGCAACCGCCUGGCAGAUAACAAGUGGCACUCUGUGUCCAUAGAGAGGAACAGGAAAGAGGCCCGUGUAGUAGUCGACGGAGCCCUAAAGAACGAGAUUCGCACGGCGCGUGCUCCCGUGCGGGCCCUCCAGCUGCAGGCGCCGCUGGUGCUGGGCGCCGCGCUGGACCGCAGCGACGGGUUCGUGGGCUGUCUGCGGGCGCUGCUGCUCAACGGACGGGCUGCCGACCUACGGGGACUCGCCAGGAGAGGUAUUUAUGGGGUUUCGGAAGGCUGCACGGGCAAAUGUCAGUCGUCUCCGUGUCUCAACAACGGGACAUGCCUGGAGGGCUACGAUUCCUACUCCUGCGACUGUCGCUGGACCUCGUUCAAAGGCCCUAUCUGUGCUGAUGAAAUCGGCGUGAACCUCCGGCCCAAUUCGAUGGUGAAAUACGACUUCCUGGGGUCGUGGCGGUCCACCAUCGCGGAGAAGAUCCGCGUGGGGUUCACCACCACCAACCCCAAGGGGUUCCUGCUCGGCUUCUACUCCAACAUCAGCGGCGAGUACCUCACACUGAUGGUCUCCAAUUCUGGUAACCUCCGCGUGGUCUUCGACUUUGGCUUCGAGCGUCAGGAGAUCAUCUUCAAGGACAAGCACUUCGGCCUGGGGCAGUACCACGACGUCAGGUUCUCCAGGAAGAACGGCGGCGCCACUGUGGUGCUACAGGUGGACAAUAACGAGGUUCAAGAGUACCACUUCGACAUCAAAGAGUCUGCCGAUGCCCAAUUCAACAACAUUCAGUACAUGUACAUCGGUCGCAACGAGUCGAUGUCGGAAGGUUUCGUCGGCUGCGUCAGUCGAGUGGAGUUCGACGACAUCUACCCGCUCAAACUGCUGUUCCAGCAGGACCCCCCGCCCAAUGUCAGGUCGCAAGAUGGCGACGGCCUGCGCCUCCACGAGGACUUCUGCGGCGUGGAGCCCGUGACGCACCCGCCGGAGCGCGCGGAGACGCGGCCGCCGCCGCUCGGCGACCUGUCGCGCGAGCUCGACUACCACAAGACGGAUGAGGCGAUACUAGCCACCGUGUUGGCGCUGAUUUUCGUGCUAUUGAUCAUCGUCGCGGUGGUAUUGGUGCGAGCCCUCUCCAGACAUAAGGGAGAAUAUCUCACACAGGAGGAGCGCGGCGCGGAGCACGCGGCGGACCCCGACGCGGCGGCGCUGGCGGCCGCCACGGGGCCCAGGGUCUCCAAGCGCAGGGAGUUCUUCAUAUAGCGGCCGCACUCACUAUUCUACACACACAUUCAUUAACACACAACACAUUGUGUACAAGUUCAACGCAAAUUAUCUAAGUAAAGAAAAAACCGCAAAUUGUCUGAGUAUGAAUGUAGUCUCUGCCUAUCCCUCAAGGCGUGAUUUGUAAGAAAUAACCGUCGGAAAUUAAAAAAACACGGGGCGGAGAUAACAACUAUUAUAAUUUAUUUUCAAAAAGCGGCAAACAUAUGAGUACGUUACGUACAACCAAGUUAGAGCUGUCACUGUCACAUUGACAGUUAUUGUUUUAAUUUAAGGCCGCGAUCAUAAACAUAUGAGUCUGUAAAAUUUAUCAGACCCUCUGUUAAUUUGAUUUUCUUCAUUCAGUUAAUAAUUUCAAAUUGUAUGGAUUCAUGAGGUUAUUAAGCGUUUUUCAAAAAUCUGUGCCGUAUUAACUAUCGGACGAAGUUUAAACCAACGCCUUCAGCGACCUCGAUACAAAUCAACUGAUCUUUAUAAAAAUUAUCGUAAAUUUUACUUCCAAUAUUAUAAGAAUGUUUCGAUCAAUUUUAUUUUAUCAAUCCUUUCAACGUGAUAAACCUAGCUCGUGUAAUAAAAAAUAAUAAUCUUUCAGAAAUAUUUAAACUUAAAACAGUACAAAUUUAUAUUGAUCAUUGAUAUUAAUUUUAACGAGUGCUGAAAGUAAUUUCCACCAUUCAAUUGAGGAAAUUAAAAAUCAAUUACUUUUUACACAUUUAAUACCUUUUUUUGUUUAACUAAAACUUAUCAAUGUAAAGACAAUCAUAGUAAGACAAUUAUACUACUUUUACCUAUAUCAUCGUAUCCCUAUAAUAUUUCACACAAAAUAAGGAUAAUUUAUAUAGAAAACACAUAUUUAUCAUAAAAAAAACAACAUUUAACACAUGAUCACUGUACAUCAUAUCAUAAUAAUAAUAUGCUCCUAUGCAAUAUUCUCCAUGUACAGUGGCCCACUUAGAAAAGUAUACCUUUCUGAGUUAACAGGUGGUAUGGCUAUAUCGGUCACUGUACAUCCGACUAAUAUAAGUCGAAUUCGCUCACAAAAUAUCUUAAACAUUUCUCCCACUAAGUGCCAUUUGGCUACUUCCUACAUUUAUACUAAAAAUAGUUGCUAAUCCACAAAGCUUAUCUAUUUCUUAAUUUGUCCAUGUCAAGACCAAUAUAUUUAAACACUUAUAAGUUUUCUUUAUAUAUAUAGCUCAUUUAUUUACUCAAUUCUGUGUAAUUAUUUAAACUAAAUUUGUACACCAUCAUACUGUAGACAUUUUAAGUAGAUGAACUGACAACUAAGCAUAUAUGCAUGCCGAAUUUACAAACAUACAAUAAUAUGUGCCGCGCUAAAAAUUUUACUUAUAAUUAUAAUUAUAAGUAAAAUUUUCCUGUUCACUUAUGUGUCUGUAUUUUAAUUUUAUUAUGUACCGUAUGUACUUAUAUUUAAAGUAUAAAUUGUACAAGUGUUUUCUUGUAUUGUCGUCAUUCACGUGACUACGGAGGAGGCGUCAAAUCUCAAAAUAAAAUUAGACGUUUCUCAGAUCUGUAUGAUUUUGAGGAAUGGUAUUGUAUUUUCAAGAACAGGGAUGGACUUAAGAUACUUUCAACUUAAUAUUGUGAAAACUGUCCCUAAUGAUGAUGUUCAAAGAAUUUUACUUUAUACAUCUAACCUUGACCUGAGGGCUGGGAACUUCUUAGGUCAAAGAAUAGGCACAGCCAGACACCAGACAGCCAGCACAGAAGGCUGGUUGCAUUUGGCAAACGAUUUACACGGACUACACAAUUUAUAAUAUAAAAUAGCAUGUGCUUUUUUUUUUCGUGCUCUCUUUUCUCUUUUAAUAAUAAUUAAUAAUUUGUACCUAUAUUUUGUAAAUGAAAUAAAUAAAAAUAAUUAUCUCCAAGUUUAUAUCUUAAUGCUCAGUGCAAUCACAUAGUUCUAUUAGUUUCACAUAAUAGUUUCACAGGUAUAAAAAUCUAUGAUACAUAUCUUUUAUAGACCCGUGCACUAAAAUGUGCUGUCAUAAAGGAGGUUACGGCGUACUAAAACAACUUUUAGUUUUACUAUUUAUUUAUUUAUUUUCAACCCCUCCACAGUCCAUUAUAUAAAUUGUACGUAAGUGAUAUACGUCAUUAAAUAAAGGUUUACGUAUAUAAACCUUUAUUUAAUGACGUAUAUUACUGUGUUCUACAAAACUACAUUACUCUAUCUAAGAUUACACAGUCCAUCCCUGUUCUGAUUACCAAAAAAAUCUUCUUAUAUUCAUUAAGCGCGCGACUCGAGACAAAUUAGAUAAUAAGUUUAGGUUAUUAUUAUAUUUGUCGACAUUGUAUUAAUAAUAUGUUUGCGUAGACUGCUCGAAUAAGACAUUGUGUGAAAUUUUUUAUAUUAUUUUCCGUCCAAAAGUUUUGUUACUUAAAUGAUGAGAUCAUUCGAUUGAGUUUUAUCCAUUGUCAAAUAGACUUAUAAUUUUUAUUAAGCCAUACAUAUAUUUUUUUUUUAUAUCGUGUAUAUUUGCAAUUAAUUUAAUUAUUCGGGUCUCUGUGAAUGUCAAUAAGUGUAUUUGAAAAUCUUUCAAAUCCCGCGGUACUGUGGGAAUUUCCCUAAAAAACUUUCAUUAAGAAGACUUCUUCUGCAAAAAAUUAAUUAAAAAUUUUUCGCCUUUUAUUAUGUAUGUAGGUAACUUCAUGAGCUACACAGAGACCUUAUGUGUAAUUAACAUAUUAUUUUAUGAUAUUAAGAUUUGUAAGCUGUCACGGAAAAUAUUUUAUAGACUCAAAAUCAAGUUGUUCCGUUUCUUGAAAAAAAAAGAAUUAUUAUUAGUAUUAUUUUCAAUUUAUUUAAAAGUAUUUGUGAGACCAAGCGACAGCGCAAAAGUUUAAUUCAAAAAAGAUUUAUUUCGCUGUAUUGUGUGUAUGCAACCUAACCAUCUCAUCCACGCUGCGUGGUAAGUAUACAUAAUUUCAUAAAUUUCCAUAUAAUACAAACUAGUCGCAUCGCAUCGCGUCGCGUCGCGUCGUGUCGUGUCGCGCGUUCUAUUCCGUGACGGCAGAAGUAUUUUGUACGUAUUAUUGUAAUGUAAGGACGCGUGCCUUAGCUCCGUACGAGGCACCGGUCGCAUUAGUGUGUUGAUAGUAGAAGUUUUAUUUUAAUACUGAUCACGAAUACAUUUUUCAC